AUGGAUCCAAACGAAGCCGCCUGGCUACCUGCCAAAUGCAAGCCUUUGAGUGUGAGGGAGGCUCCCCUCGUCGCUCCAUCCUCACACGAGAUCGUUGUUAAAAAUGCUGCUGUCGCCAUCAAUCCGGUGGAGUGGUGUAAGCAGCUCAUGGGCGACCUCAUGUUUGGCUUCAUCAAGUACCCAUUCAUCCUCGGAAAUGACUGCGCCGGUACUGUUGCCAAAGUUGGUGAUGGCGUGACUCGCUUCAAAGUCGGUGACCGUGUUCUGGCCCACGCGAUCGGAAUGGACCCCGACGUCAACAAGUCCUCCGAAGGCGCCUUUCAAAAGUUCACCGUCAUCCGUGAAAACAUGGCUUCCCAGAUCCCAAUCUGGAUGUCCUUUGAGGAGGCAUGUGUUCUCCCUCUUGGUCUCUCCACUGCUGCGUGCGCCCUGUUCCAGAAAGACUUCCUUGCCCUUCAGAAGCCCGACGUCGCGAACCUCAAUACAUUGACUGCAACUGAACAUUCCCGCGAGGUCGUGCUGGUCUGGGGAGGAUCCUCGAGUGUUGGCAGCAAUGCAAUCCAACUUGCCAAAGCCGCCGGCUACGAAGUUAUCGCCACUGCCUCUCCUUCGAACUUCGAAUACGUGCACGGAUUGGGGGCUACCGAGUGUUUCAAUUACAAGAAUGAGAACGUCGUGAAGGAGAUCAUCGAAGCGAUCGGCCAAAAGAAGGUUGCUGGUGCCAUCGCCAUCGGAAACGGGUCAACCGAGGCAUGCAUGGACAUUCUGUCGCGCACGAAGGGCAACAAGUUCGUUGCGCAAAUCAGUUUCAAGUUCCCAUCCAAGAUCCCACCGACCGACUUUGAGUUUGUCCGUGCUGUCGCUGGCUUGGUGUGGUCCAACUUUGCCAUAUUCCUCAAAUCGAAACUCUCUGGCGUGAAAACGAAGAUGGUGUUUGGGAGCACCUUGGCUCACAAUGAGGUGGGAAAUCUGAUUUACGAGGACUUCCUGCCUACCGCUUUGGAAAAGAAGCAAUAUCAAGCUGCACCCAAGGCAAUCGUUGUCGGGAAGGGCUUGGGUACUAUUCAAGAGGCCAUGUACCGACACAUGAAUGCAGGUGCAUCCGCUGCCAAGUAUGUGGUCUACAUCUGA